AUGAAGCGUCUGUGGAAAAAAGUCGGUUCGAACGUCAAAAAUGCGAAUUAUCUCAAAAAAUCGGUAGAAGAAGUGGCAAAAAUCGAAGCAGGAGAGACGAAAGUAAGAGAAAUUAGCUUUUUCAGCAACAGUCUUUAAAAAACGUAUUAUUUUGCAGAUAGUUGCUCCAAAAUAUCCGACAGAAAAGCCACGCGAAGUCAGCGAUGAAGUCAAGAAAGAUUUGGCGACGAAACACGAGAAUUUGGUCGGAAAUAUGAACAAAAUGAAGAUUACGUCGACGGAUCCGGUGGAAAGAUGGACUUCCACGAAGUUAGCGAAUUGAUAAUAUCAAAAUUUAACUGAAAAUGAUAUCCAGAGAUCUUCCGACUAGGGAAUCCGAGUUUUUGCACCGAAACGAUCCAAUUUGGGAAUACGGAUUCUAUGAGCCGCCCGUCGAGCGAAUUCCCAAGGAUAAAUUGAUGUUCAGAGAGGCGCUCGAGGUAUUUUUGCACUUUUGAAUAUAAAACAACCUAUAUUUGUUUCAGUACCUCCGGACUCGUCAAGAACUGCUCUCCGACACCAAUUCUUCUGCUCAAAAGUAUCAUAUUCUAGUGUUUUCCUCGACAAUCUGAAGUUUUCCAGAAAACAAGCGGCCGAGGUGAUGUCCUCCCACGUGGUAACUACUCGCGUAAAUCCCGAUGUUCUGGACAAUAUCUACGAAUUUUUCCGGCCGUUUGAGAGAAAGGAUAAGCAAAAAGUCUAGAACUUUUGAAAAUUUGUGAAAGUUGUCAUAGUUUUUAGGUGGUAAAUCGUCACGCCCUGGCUGAUCUUCAAGACCAUGUGCAAGGAAAAUCCGACCAGAGAAUGAUGAUGGACGAGGCAAAAGUAAGCGUUUUUCAAAAAAAUUUAAAAAAUUUUCGUUUCAGGACGUCGGAAAACAUAUUCGGCAAAUCAGCAGCAAUGCCAAAUUUUUGGAUGAAUAUCAGAGAGUUCGUUUUUAAUUUUCCAUUUGUUUUACAUAAAUGUAUGUUUUCAGCUGGAAGACGAAGAGAAGGAAAAAGUACGUGAGGCGAUUGCUCAAUUGCGUCAGGAAGAGCACGAACGGCUCAACAAACGGCUCGGCGAGAUCGGAGAAAUGGAAAAAUCGGCGAAAGAGGCGAUGAAGAAGGCGAUCGAGCAGAAAAAAGAACAAUAG